AUGAAUCAACAAACACAAGGCCAUCUUGGUUCUGAGGCUUUCGAGCUCCAGACUAUUGGCGAGAGCGCCUCCAGAGACUCGUCCGAUGGGCGACCUUACACGUCUGCCAGGUCAGAUGCCUCGGAAGCGAUCAGUCUGCUGGAGGGAGAUCCCAUGCGUGACACUGCGGCCACGGUCGCUGAUGUCAGGUGUGGUCCCCUGACUCAAGUAUGGCGGACACUUUCGACCCAAUUUUACUCCAACGGGACGAGACUUGAGAUACAUAGGCUUCCUGAUGGUAGGCCCGAUGUCGAGCGACUGACGAGCGAUUUGGGUACACUUCUUCCUGGCGAAAUCUCUAUUCAGUAUCAGCCCCAACCAACGAUGACUGCUGAAAAUGCUGGUGAUGGUAAUCGCACUCUCGAGAAUGAGAGUCAAGACAGCCAAGCAGUCACACGGAAGGACAUUCUCCUGGACAAGCUGAAGGACGUUGCCUCGGCCGGUUUUGCAGUCAUUCGCUCAUGCCACAGUCAAGAUACCCGACUCGAAUGGACCGAAGAACUUUGGGACAGGGGAAUGGACGGCGUACCCAAUAGCACCAUGUCGACGUAUAGCUUCUAUCAGGUGGAUGUAUUCUCGGAUGAGGCGACCAAGGGGAACCCCGUCGCGGUAGUCAUCGUGGAUAAUGAACCCUCAGACUCCAGCUCGGGAUCUGCAGAUCCAUCCGCGGGGCCGAGUGAAGAAGCCAUGCAGUCCUUUGCAAGUUGGACCAACCUGAGCGAAACUACUUUCCUGUUUCCCAACACCGCUGGAUCAGCCUCAGGCGAUGACUAUGACUACACGCUGAGAAUCUUUACGCCUGUUCGAGAACUGCCGUUUGCUGGACAUCCUACACUUGGAAGUUGUCAAGCUUGGCUUCAACAUUCCUCUGGUAAGGCCGGAACUGGAACGUCUGAGGCUCAAGGAGAGGAUGGAGAAUACCGAUACGUCACGCAAAGAUGUCAAAUAGGCAACGUGACUAUCCGAGUUCAUCGACAGCAUGGGACAUUGGCAUUCGCGGCUCCUCCCUUGAUUCGAUCAGGGCCCGUUGACUCCGAAUUAGUGGACACCGUUUGUGAUGCUAUGAAGGUAGAUUCAGCCUGUGUCAUCGAUCAUUACUGGGUAGACACCGGUCCCGGGUUCUUUGCCCUCCAACUACAAUCGGCCAAACAAGUCCUGGAAGUGAACUACGAAACAGUGACGGGCGUCAAGAACCUCAUAUGGGGAAUAUUCGGAGAGUACGAAGGGAACUCUGAUGAUCCAGACGCUCCACGGUACGAAGUCAGGUUAUUCGCACCUGCGAUCGAUGUAGGAGAGGACCCAGUCACUGGGAGUCUGAAUGCUGGAAUCGCCAUCUGGCUCGGGCAGAGAGCGGAAGCGGAAGGACGGAAGCCUGAAGACUACAUCGCUUCGCAAGGGACCAAAGUAGGACGAAAAGGGAGGGUCAAGGUCAGCUAUGUCUUGAACGAUGACGGCAAGGUCGAGAGGAUAUGGAUAGGGGGGCACGCUAACAUUUGUAUCGAGGGUAAACUGACAUUGUAG